GUAAUAUAAAUAAACAAUGAAUGAAAUGGCUUUCUCAAGCAUCUAUGAUGUUGAUCAUCGCCAUGGUCAUCUUUAUUGUCCUCAACCAGAACAUAUACAUUAUGUAGCCACAGAGCAAUAUGCAUCUUCAGAAUAUUCAAAUGAAUACUCAAGCGAAGAAAAACAUUUUAGACCAAAUCCUGAUGCAAAGCCUUUCAUUCCUAAUGUGCAUGCAUUUUCAACGAAUUGGCAUUUUUAUCGAAAUGAAAAUGGGAAGAACUUGAACCUGCCAUUUAUUGUAAAUCCUCAAAUUGAUAGCGAUGUUAUGUUUGCUAAUUUCUCUCCAAACUCCUCAAGAAAACACAUUGCAUUUCAUCUGGUAUCAAAUGUUUUAGAUGAUGAAGUGAUGGAAGAGAUACAGGUUUCUGAUGUCUCUAAUACACUAUACAACAAACUUCAUCCCCAGCCUCAAUCAUUGCUGCACCCAUCUGAGCAAAACUUAUACUCAAAUGCAUCUUGGCAAACAGGUAGUUCUUCAAAUUUCUCUCUUCCUUUGGGCGUCGGAAAAUCUUCUUCUGAUAAGAGUUCAAUUAAUAAUAAGUCUAUUCAUGAGAUAUGGUCACCUGAUCCUUCGCCAAAUGAAUUAACUCAACUAUCGCAAACUGAUGAUGUCAUGAACUCCAUUAGUCAACAGUCUCUUGAGAAUUCAUACACUGAAUCUCAAAGAUCGUUCGAAAAAAUUGAAAUUGAUACUUCACAUUUAAAUAUGGACUAUUUAUCAAAGGUUAAAGAGGAAUCUGUAUAUUAUCCUCAAUCUCCCGAAUAUCCUAUACCUCCUUUACCUUUCUCUCAAUACCAACUUCAAAGUUCUAAUGAAGUCCAGCAGUUACAGCAAAAAAGUCAUUCUGACCACCAUUUGUAUGUUGGGCAACAACCAUUUUAUUCAAAUUCUCAAUAUUAUAGUCAGAGCUAUGAACAAGCAAAAGUUGUUUGUGAGCAGUGUGGUUAUUUUUCGUGUGCUCAUUUGCACUCUCAAAAUCAAACAAAAAAUAAACAAAUGUGUAACAUGUAUGAUUUGCAAGUUACUUAUUUGGAAAAGCUAGGUAUAAGUUUAGAUACAUGUUUUGAUCAACUGCGCCAUCUUGAUAGAGAUAAUAGAAAGGCAGACUCAAGUUUGUCACAAAGCUGUUGUUUAAGGAAAUCAUCUUCAGAUUUAACCUCUACAAAAUAUCCAUCUAAUUCAACUCGUGUAGACAAGCUUGUGAUGGAUCAAGAAAAAGAACAUCAAAAGGUUGAGUCACUCAUUGGACGCAUUGAACGCCAAGGGCUCACUCCUUUGCAUUUAAAUAUAGGACUUACACUUGACCAAUGGCACACUGCCAUAAAAGAACUAAGAAAUACACGUAAAAGUGAGCUAGCUAGCAUAAGUGAUGUUCCCAGUGAAUAUAGUGGCGGGAAAUCUCAUAGAGAAUCAGAUAUGGCAAAGUUAAUUGACGCCGUUUAUAAAUUGGCAAAACACACUCGCGCUGUUCGUACAUCCGUAUGGUGCGCUAUGCAAAUGUUUUAUGGCAACGAUAAAACUGACACAAACGAGUGAAAUAAAGCAAGUGAGAAUUCUUUAGAAUUCUGCGCCCACUAUGAAUCGUGAAUAUCCAGUUGGUUUCUUAAUUGCUCGCCUAAUGUAUUAUCAAGUGUGUUCCCUGUAAUAAAAUAGCAUGGUUUCUAACCAUUGAUAGUUUUUUAUAAACUCGUAUGGUUAUCUUCAUGGUUUGGCUUAUAUGGAUGCAAUUUAUAAAAGUUUCAAAAAGACACUUUGAAAAAAGUGGUUCAGAUUUUCGAAGACUUUAAUCAAAUGAUCUGCGUACCUUAUGUACCAUUACAAUUGUGUAAUAAAUUUUUUAUUCUGUCAUUGUCACAAAUUAAUUGAAUUUAUUUGCGAAAUAAAAUU